AUGGAUGAAGGUGAUAUUUAUGAUGAGUUCGGGAACCUAAUUGGAGAUGCAUUUGACUCUGAUGCUGAGUCAAGUGAGGAAGAAAGGGUGGAAGAAUCGCAACUGCCAAUUCACUCUGCCAGUGAUAGUGACAUAAAGGAAGAUGAGGAUGAAGAAAUGAAUGGUGAAUCUGAGCUGGAAGGAGGAGCUCUUGUUAAGCAUACCCUAUCUGGAACUUUUGGACCUAAUGUAGAGACUAUUAUUUCUCGGCCAACUGAUGAAAUCGUAGAUGAGCCUGUGAUACAGCCCAUAAGAACUAAAUCAAUGAAAAUCGAAGAAGAGGCUACGGCUACUUCAGACGAAAAUCUUGAGUUUGAACCUUCUUGUAUAUACUCAAGGAAGUAUAUGGUGGACUUAGCAGACAAUUUACCAGAAAGAAUUAGAAAUUUAGCGUUGGUAGGGGGUUUACAUUCUGGCAAAUCAACCUUUGUAGAUAUGCUUGUGCUCCAUACGCAUGCAGAUUCGAUAAGUUUGCCAAAGCAAUUGAAAUCAUUCAAGCCACUUAGAUACAUGGAUAAUCAUAAACUAGAGAUUGAUAGAGGCAUGACGAUCAAGACAAAUGCUAUAACACUAUUACUUUCAGAUUCUCAAGAGCGUUCGUACGUGUGUAACAUACUUGACACCCCUGGGCAUCCUAACUUUAUUGAUGAAGCAAAGAGCGCCAUGCAAGCUGUUGAUGGUAUAGUGUACGUUGUAGAUAUUGUGGAAGGGUUGAAAAACUCAACAGAUAAGCUCGUACUCACACAUGCUAUCAAACAGAAUUUACCCAUCACUAUAGUUUUGAAUAAGAUCGAUAGAUUGAUAUUGGAACUCAGAUUACCUGUGCAUGAUUCUUACUAUAAGAUACGAAGUAUAUUGGAGGAUAUCAAUGCAUUCAUAAAAGAAAGUGAAUAUAUAGGGACAUAUAAACAUGAAACGGACAUGUCUCCAUUAAAUGGUAACGUUAUAUUUUCUAGUUCAACAUACCAAUUUACUUUCAGUUUACAUACUUUUGCCAACCUUUAUAGGGAAUCUUUUGGUAAUGAUAUCAAUUUGUAUGAUUUCAGUGAAAAGUUGUGGGGCGAUGUGUUUUAUGACGAAGAAAAUAGCCAAUUUAUAGGCUCCUCUAGUAAUGGGAAGCACAAGCGUUCAUUUAAUAGUUUCAUCUUGGAACCACUAUACAAGGUUUUUAUUCAAUCUGUUACUAGUGAUUCCACAGGUAAAAAAUUAUCACAAACCUUAUGGAAUAACUUUAAGUUGAAGCUUCAUAAACCAUCAGUUAGGCAAGAUGUACAAAUAUUAUUAAAGGAUGUGCUCAGUGCAGUCUUCAGUAUGAGUGGUGGAGGUGGAGUAGUGAGUGGCUUCGCUGACAUGAUUGGUAAUGGGAUUUCGAAUCCUAUGGAAAAAGCUGAUCAACUGUCGUUAGUAGGUCAUGUUGUAAAAUUAGUAGAAAAUUCCAGUGGUGAUAUGUUUUACUCAUUGGUAAGAGUUGUGAGUGGUAAACUCAGUGUAGGGGACCAAGUCAGAGUUUUGGGUGAAAAUUUCGAAGAAGAUGAAGAGGAUCAAAGAUUAGAGACUGUAACAGAGCUAUUUCUUGCUGGCGGGAGAUAUAAAACUCCGGUCAAAAGUGUGGGGCCCGGUAGUAUAGUAAUGAUCGGUGGAAUCGAUAGAAUUAUCUCAAAAGGUGCAACAAUAGUUCUGGCUCUGCAGCUGUUAGAUCAAAUUGAAAACCUUUACGUUCCACCUAGCUACAGUGCUUCUUCAGUUUUCAAAGUUGCAAUUGAACCUGCGAAACCAUCACAAUUGCCUCUAUUGCUUGAAGGGUUUCUCAAGCUUAAUAAGUCGUACUUAAGUUGUCAAAUCAAGGUAGAAGAAAGUGGUGAGCACGUAGUUCUUGCUCCAGGUGAACUUUAUAUGGACUGUAUGCUACAUGACUUGAGAUUUUUCUUCACUGAUAAUCUUGAGAUUAAAGUGAGCGACCCUAUGACAAAAUUCAGUGAAACUUGUAUAAAUCCUUCAACUACAAAGAUCACAACAAGAUCUGCAAAUGGUCAAAAUCUGAUAUCUAUUAUUGCUGAACCAGUAAAUGAUGACAAUUUGAGUAGAGCAAUUGAAAUUGGCGAGAAUUUGACUCCAAAACGACUCAGGAAUGAGUUUGGCUGGGAUUCAUUAGCUUCAAGAUCCAUUUGGUGUUUUAACAGUGCACCUGAUGAUCUUAUGCCAAAUAUUUUGCUUGAUGACACUUUGCCAGGAGAAACUAAUAAAGAAUUAUUGACUUCGGUCAAAGAAAGCAUUAACUUGGGAUUUAAAUGGAGUUCAAAUGAAGGUCCGCUUUGUGAUGAACCUAUUCGUGGAACAAAAUUCAAAAUAUUAGAUGCUGCACUUAGUGAAAUCUCAAUUCAAAGGAAUGGCACUCAAAUUAUACCAAUGACUAGGAAGGCUUGCUAUACUGGUGUGAUGACCGCGACACCAAGACUUAUGGAACCUAUAUAUUCAGUCCACGCUACAUGCUCAUCGUAUGGUGCUGCCAAGGCAAUUUCCAGAUUACUCUCAAAGAGAAGAGGAUAUGUUUUGGAAGGUUCCGAUUACCCAAUACCUGCUACUAAGCUCUUCCAAGUUGAAGGAGUCGUUCCUGUCAUUGAGUCUAUCGGCUUGGAAACGGAUGUUAGAAUUCAAACCCAAGGGCAAGCGAUGGUGUUUUUAGAGUUUUCCAAGUGGGAUAUAGUUCCCGGUAAUCCACUUGAUAAAGAUUGCUUCCAACCAGCACUUAGACCUGUUCCAUCAGAGAGCUUGGCACGAGACUUUGUUAUGAAAACAAGAAAGAGAAAAGGGUUAAGUGGAGAGCCAAAUUUACUGAGAUAUAUUGAUAAUCAGUUGUUUGAAAAAUUGAAAGAGAGUGGGUUGAUAUAA